GUCUAAAGUCUAAAUCUGAGGUGAACAAGAAGGACAAAAGCGAGAGGCAAAUUAGGUGGAGAUCGGGAAGAUGUACGAUGUUAUGCUGGAUGAGGCCAAGCUGUGGCUCGACGAACGGAACGUGGAAUCGUCUUCUUCUCCGCCUGCACUACCAGUAAAAGAAGAUUCUGGCCACGACUACGAGUAUGAUUCAGCCGAGGACGAGAUGGAUCCGGUGGAAGAGGCCAAGUAUCAUCAGCAAGUCAGGGAUUCCGAUGGUUUCGACGUUGAUUUUUGCUAUCAUCCAUUUGGUGGGAUAAUGCCCUGUGGAUGUAAUGAAUCCGACACAGUGUUGGCUAAGCUCGGACUCCACUGUUACAAUAUUGACAAUGGGAAAAAAUUGCAAUUCAGGGCUGUAAAGAAAGUUAACGCAGAAGCCGUUUCAUUUGUGAAUUACUAUAUUACUUUGGAGGCCGUGGAUCCAGACAACAACCAUUCACCUGUUGCUUUCCAAACCUGUGUUUGGGAUUCUGCCACCGAGAACAAAGAGCGCUUGAGACUGAUCACUAAACAAUGCAGGAUAAAGCCUCUAGGGCCUGCUGCUGGAAAUACCGAUGCAGAACGUCGUACCUCAUGGCUAUGGGACCGAGAUGCUGUAGAUGAAUUCUACACAUGUAGGAUGCCCAAUUGGCUACAGGAUGAUGAACUUACCGGACCUAAUAAGCUUCAGUUUCAUGAGGUGAAGGACUCAGAACUGCAGGAUAGCGAAUGGCUCAAUCUAUACGCUGAAAUUGCAUUGUCCUCAGAGCGGCCCUCUUACAUGGAAACUGAUUUGCCGUUGGAGGUGAAGAAAGUGGUGGUGCGUACAAAGGAAGAUGUGGAGCCGAGCAUGAAGCUGAAAUCGAGCAAUGCAAUCUUCUACAUGACUUUCAAAGCCCACAGGGGUCCUGAGUGGAAAGCUAUCAUAAGGCAAACAAGGGAUGGUAUACAAGGACACGUGUGCCUUGAAGUUACAUGCAUGCAUGUUGGGAAAGUAGUGUGAUGCUGAGAUCUAGAAAGAAAUGUCCUCCUCCUCUUCUCCUGUUUAAUGUAUUGGAUCUUUUCAUGUUUAAGUUGCUAAUUAUUGUGUGUGAAUAAAGUCAGCUAACUUAGCUAAAAU